GGGUGUGUGGGUGGGGGGAGGAUGUUGUGUGUGGCACCGCUCAGGGGUUGUUUCCGGUGAAGGAGCGCGCGGAGGGUCAGCGAUGGACAAACUGCGGCGGGUCCUGAGCGGUCAGGAUGACGAGGAGCAGGGCCUGACAACGCAGAUCCUUGAGGGAACUACACUCAGUUUUGGAACCAGGGUGAAAUGGUUUAUGAUUUGCUUUGCCAUUGGGAUUUUUUGCUCUAUUCUUGGAACUCUCUUACUUUGGCUUCCCAAUGGAAUAAAAUUAUUUGCUGUUUUUUACACAUUAGGAAAUAUUGCUGCUGUUUCCAGCACCUGUUUUCUAAUGGGACCUUUGAAACAACUGAAAAAAAUGGUUGACCCAAAUCGGUGGAUUGCCACUGUCGUCAUGUUGAUCUGUUUAAUUUUAACACUGUGUGCAGCCCUUUGGUGGCAUAACAAAGGACUCGCCCUUGUCUUCUGUAUAUUGCAGUUCCUGGCAACAACCUGGUACAGCUUGUCCUACAUUCCCUUUGCAAGGGAUGCUGUGAUAAAGUGCUGCACUGUCUGUCUUGGAUAACUCAGGAGGCCAACAUGUGAAAGGCUUGAGUACGCAGCCAAUAUCAGGAGCUUGUGUGUAGAUAUAUGGGAAGAACUGCCUACCAGAUAUUAUUGUCCGAUCACUCCUAAAUACUAUGCAUUGUGUUUGUUUCUGUAUAUUGGAGAAUGAUGUAACAUGAAUUCUUUGUAUUCGUUUUAAAAUGCCAGUUGUACAUGUUGAUUGUUUGCUGUGCCAAAGAAUCAGGCCUCCAUCCUCUUUCUGGUAACUAUAAUGUUUUUAUAUUUCUGCGAUUAAUUCCACUGUACUUACUAGCAUUAAAUAUUCUUUUUAUUUGAGUGCCUAUAUGGUGAUUGGAAAUUUUGCUUAUACAUUUCAAAGUAAAAAUCUAAUGGAAUUGAAUUUUUAGUUAGCAAGGACUGUAAAUAGGUGCUCAGUUUUACAGAGAUUACUGUCUUAUUUUGGAAACAAAAGAUUGGAUAUAAAGUAUAGACAGUAUUUUACUGCAAUAAAAAAUCUGUUUAAUUAAAAGCUUGUAUUAACGUGUUUUAUUACUAUUUUUUGAUAAUCUAUCAAUGCUAGAAAGCAUUUUUACAAGAUUAUUGCAAGAGACAAAAUAUUUUUAUUGCAUAGUUUUCAAAGUGUAUAAUGAUUGCUUUGCACUUUUUAUCGAUUAUAAUAAAACAUGAGCUUCAACAGAA